ACGCACACACUGCGCGCGUUGUAUUAUGCACCGCACGUCCUGUUAUCUUUAUUCGAGAAAAUAAUAAUACUAUACAUAUGUGUAUAGGUAUAGGUAAUGUAAUAUAAUAUAUUAUAUCUAUCAUAUCUAUCACUCUAUGUUGCUACGUACAUUACAAUAUUAUUUUGUUUCCUUUUUAUAAAUUGGUUUUCUUCCCCGUGCCGUUUAAUGACGCUGGCGUGUCAAUGUUUAUUGUGCGUUAUUAAAAGCGACGAGAAUCUAAAACAAAAUCGCCUACUUUAGUAUAACAUAUAAAUCAUUUAUUGUUAUUAUUGUUAUUGUUAUCGCGCGCGGUCAUGCGUUCGGUUUGUCGUGCGCGGAUUAUUCGGUGAAAACGUCUUCGGUCGCCCGUUAUCGUUUCGUCCGCGGUCGUCGCGAUAUCCGUCUGUUUUGUUUCCGCGUCGUCGACGUGAUAGUAUUAUAAUAUAUCGUACUGCCGUGUCGACGGUGUUCUCUUCUCGUUGGUGGUAAUUAUUGUUCGAGUGCUUUCGUUCACCUUAUUGUUUUUACAACAUACUAAUAAUAUCGGCGUACUAGUACGGUACUAUUCGAUCAUAGUACCUAUUGGGUGUGAGUUUCUGCGAGCGCGCGUGAUCCUGCGGCGGUGGACUUUGAACCGCCGGACGCCGCAGAUGACCACCGUCGUUUGCAUAAAAGUGGCCGUAACGUCCGGUUGUCGUCGUCGUAGUCGCAGCAACACCGGCCGCCAGACCGCCGAUGCCGCCGCCGCCGUAGUCAUGUCGUAGUCGUGCCGCGCCGUAUCCCUCGUCCAGACGUGUUUCUGAGUGACGCCUUUUGCCGGGACGAUGAAGUGAUAAACGCCUUCAAAUGGCGUCUUCGUCCAAGCAAAACUCAAAAUCGAAUCGGCCGCCCAACGGCGGUUCCCUAAAACAACAUCAGCAGAAGGAUGUCCCAGGUCCACCGAGCUCUUCCUUGUACUGCAACUGUGGCGGCGGAAAUUACCUGGGCAACAUACGAACGAUCUCUAUAUACGAAUGCCAUAGAUCAUUGGAAUGCCUCAAAACUCAAACAAAUACACUGAUGGUAUUUUUAUCGCAAACUUACUAUAAUAAGUUGAAGGCAUUUGAAUGUUUGACUAGAGAUAAGUCGAAAAAGUAUGAAAAUAAAGUACUGGAACUAAUAUCUAUAUGGGAGAAUUGCCGCAAUAUAUUUUUAGAUGAUCCCUGUGUUGGUACUGAUGCUUUUAUGCAGCAUGCUACUUGUGAAUCGGCAUUAUUGUUAUUCGAACCAAAAUGGGAAGAUGUCUACACUAAAACAAAGAAAAACUUCAUUGUUGUUUUGAAUAAAAUUUUGCUUAAAUUACAAACUAUGAAAUACUGCCAGGAUGCAACAAAAAAUUGUCAGUGGCUGAUGUCUUCUAUUAAUGAUCCUUGGACAAACUACCAUUUUCAAAGAUUACUUUGCCUUGAUUCAUUGGAACCUGAUGAAAUGGGACGUUAUCUAAAUUUUGAAAACAUCAAAUUGUUUGCUCUACGGGUGAGGCUGCUUUGUGAGUCAAAGUGUGAAAAAGAAGCUUUGAAACUAUCGUCACUGGCAAUGCAGUUCUACAACCGUCAAACUAUAAGCAAAUUUUAUAGCGGACUAAACGAUAUAGAACUUAUUAGAGAUAUUUAUUUUGCAUGUCUUCAUCGUUUGAACAAAAAGGAAGAACUCGUUAAUCAGUUAAAAAAAUUCACUCCUAAGGAGGAUGGAAAAAACCUUAUGGAUAGAUGUACCAAAAAGAUUAAAUACUUUGCAUUUAAGAAAGAGGCCCAACCGAGAAUUUGCCAACAUAUGGUUUAUGUUUGCGAAAUGGCUGCAUGCAUUUUGGUUGCAAAGUCUCUAGCUAAUAUUGAUUAUUUGGAUGACUUCACUUGUCUUGUAAAUAAUUGGAGUACUAUAUUCAUUACACUGAUGAGGUCAGACUUGAAAACUGAAUUAAACGAUAUAUCAUUAUGCAAUGUAAUUCGUUACUUUAUCAAAUUGGCUCCAACAGCAAAUCACAUAUACAUAUUAUGUGAUAUACUUAAAAACAAAUUCGGUUCGAUGUUACCCCAAGCACUCUACAUAGAAAUGCACGUUAAAGCGUUAGCUACAAAUAUAAACGAAAAAGAAAAGUACAAACAGUUAAACGAAAAGGAAAAAGCGUUAGAAUCCCUGAAAAGUCUAGUCCAAGGUUAUUUGAAGUUGGCUAAUUUGCUUGAAAACGACUUGAGUUUAUGCUGUGAAUGUGUGUUAACGGCAUACUCAUUGAUGCCUUCGAAUGAUCUUCUGGCCAGAAUCGAAUAUUUGGCCGUUCAAAGUGGUAAAUGGUUCCCAGAACAUCCAACUAAUGUUCCUGAAAAUUCCUGUGAUAAAAACUCAAAGACGUCGAGAGUGAAUCCUAAAGGAGUCAAUCGUAAUACGUUUGAUGUUGUAAAUUCUAAAUCUAAAAAGUCUGAAGAACCCAAGUCGGUUAAGUGUGCCAUUAAAAAGAACAAUUCAAAACUGUCUAAGAGAGUUAAAAAACCUCCACUUAUAUUGUCACAACAUUUACACAGCGAUUUAAUAGCAGUCAUAAACAAUCCGCGUUAUGAACCGUUCAAAUGGAAGUUAAAAUGGCCUGAGUUAAAGGCUAUGUGCAAACAAUAUUUAGAAGACUUGGAUCUUGUGUUGCUGCGUAACACUCAAUAUCCUAAGUUAAAUUUUUUAAAGUUUGAAUACGAUGACUUCCAUGUGCCAAAAUUGGAGAACUUACCUGACAACAUCGACGUCAAACAAAUCUUAUACUAUGACACAGAAUAUUUGAGCGACGAUGACACGGAAUCAAUUGAAUCGAAUAACUCAUCGUUGGAUUUCUACGUGGACAUUGAUAUUAAUGAACCUUUGGACAUUGUGACACGAAAUAGACGGUCAUUGCAAACUUUGAAAAACAAUUAUGAAGAAAAUGACAAAUCUGCUGUCAGCUCUCUGUUAAAGAACAACGAAUCACCAGAUUUCCAAAGCCGAUUAUCUGAUUACAAGUGUGAUAAUUCCGUUGACUCCAUUUUGAAAGAGGAGAUAAAAAUUAAUGCAAAAAAACUGGCUGGCAAACCCAAACUUCCACCUCCAAAAAGCAAAGUGAAAAGAAAAAUUACCAAAAGUAUUGAUGAUUUAUGGUGCCCGAGGAAAGCGAAUAGGAAGAAUAGGAACAAAAAUUCUUUGAUAAGAAAAGUGCCCCAGAAUCGUAAAACUACGUCAAGAAAAAGCAGUGACAAAAACAUUGACAGUAAAUUCAAAGACUCACAGAAUAACAAUGACAUCGUUGACAAACAUUCCAAAAAGAAGCAUUUAAAUCGCAUGCUAUCAGAUAGAUUGCCUCAUUUAAACUCGUUAGAUUACCUUGUACCAGGAAAUACAAAUCACAUAGUCAAUGUUGUUCAGAUACAAGCCACUGCCAACAGUCUGACCAACGUAUCACAAUCUCCACAAACGGUACCUAUUUCCAACCACUGUUCAACAAACAGUGACACAGAAAAAACAAUCAGCAACAGCAACCAAACCAAGUGUACUCGUUCGCUAAACAAUUUUGUUUCUGUAUGCCAGUCUAUAAAAUCUCAACCGAACAAGGAGAAGAAUUAUCAAGGAGAAUGUAGUUUUACUGGUAGUAUGACGGUGAGCAAUUCGGCCACUCAACACGAAAUCAAUCAACCGGAUAAGAUUUGCCGUGAUGUGCCAAUUCAAAAUGUAAAUUCGGGAACUAUUUGUUGGGAAGACCUUCAGCUGCAUCAACCCAAUGAUCCAUCCAUGAACAUAAGUAACACUGUUAACCUUUCGUCAUCUUCAAACGUUAUAGUUCGAACUUCGGACGUGACAUUGCCAAUUUUUUCCACCCAUACCACUGGUCAACAAAUACAUACCACCGACUCCAGUGGUAAAAAAACAAUUUAUUGUAUCAAAGCAGGCAACCAAUAUGUCGACUUGGCUUUAGCUACGGAAAACAAGUCUCUAUCGGUCAACAGUAAUAAUUACUCGAUAAAUGUGCCAGUCGAAAUGGUCCCUACAACAACACAAACAACAGCGGCAUCUCUGUACACCAUGUCUGCUCAACCACACGUUUCUGUACGAACAUCAAUUUCAUCUCCUAUGCUGCGUAGCCUAGUGAAUGCACGUUGUCAUCCAACAACUAUUGCUAUGUCAUCGGGUAAUAAUACCCAAGCGUACACAUAUGUGUCGUCAUCAAAUUUAAACUCUCCUGGUACGUCCAAGACCAGUGAACCGAUAGUCUUGUCUUCGAUCAUUAACAAAGCUGCUGGUACUUCAGGAAUCAUAACAUCAACACCAGCAUCUGUGUAUGGAAAACAAACUAAGUCAAACACAUCUAUUGCUAUGGCAGCAGCAGAAAGCGAGAGAGCAUUCAAUGCUGCCAUCUCUAGUAUGCAGACCAUUAAUCCGACAGUAUCCAGUCCUAACACUUCGGUAAUUUCAUUGAUGAUUGCAGGAUCAACUCCAAAUCAAAUUUUAAAAAGUAACAACUCGUUGUAUGUAGUCGCAGCACAAAACCCAGGGAUCGCCACACAGCAACGUUCCAGCUUUAUUGCACAACAUUGUGACAAAACGCUGACACCUCAAAUUCUUAGGCUUCAAGACGAACAGAAAAAGAAUGACAAUUUGAAACUAGUGAGCCAAACUUUUACAGCCACUUCUGAGGCGAUACAAUUUGUCACAAGUAAUACCGAGAGGCUGUUACAGUGCAUCGAAAAGAACAGUAAUCCUUCGAACCUGACUGAUUUAUUGCCAAACCCCUCGGAGGGUUCAUCAAACAUUAUUCAUCCUGGCGAAAACAAAAAGUCUGCUACCACUAAACGCGGCACUUUGAAAACAUACGAAAGUAAAACCAAAGCACUGAAGGAAGCUAAUAUAUCUGAUAUGUUUGUGUUUGAAAAAGGAACACUUUACGCAGUCCAAGAUGAAAGUGUUGGGCAAUUAAACAGCUCAAAGUCACAGACAGUCGCUUCAACUAAACCAAGUGUUUCAAAUAAAAUGGCUCAGAACAAACGUCAAAGAGAAACAAUUGAAAAACCAAAAAUUUCGCCAAAUGCGUCACCAAAUGUUACAAUUACUGGUUCUAUGCUUCCAAGAUUCCAACAAGCAUUUGGCAAAGCAAAGUUUAGUCACAACUCUGCCGUUAUCAAUGAUAAUAAGUUCAGUAACACUUCUGUUAUUAUUAAUGAUAAGUUUAGUCACAGCACGUCCAACAUUAACGACGACAACAAGUUCAGUAAUAGUGCUGCUGUUAUUAGCGACAACAAGCUUAGUCACAGUGCAGCUGUUGUCAAAAAUAACAAGUUCAGUCACAGCGCUGCUAUUGUUAAUGAUAACAAGUUCAGUCCCAGCGCUGCCCUUAUCAAUGAUAACAAGUUCAGUCACAGUGCAGCUGUUGUCAACGAUAACAAGUUCAGUCACAGCCCAGCCAUUGUCAACGAUAACAAGUUCAGCCACAAUUCAGCCGCUGUCGGUGAUAAUUCAACAUUAUCUUCUACUAAUCUCCAGAAUAGCCUGUCUUUGAGUCCAGGGUUGAUUGUGAAUAAAACUCCAUUGCCAGUCGCUCGGGUAUAUUCAACGUCAAAAGGAGUACAAACAAACACGGAUUCUGAGCCAUGUAUCAUUAGCAACAUAACACCGCUGAAUUCAGUAGCUAACAAAACCCAACGUGUUUCUGUUACAACGAAUCAAAAUAACAUUUUGUCGAUUGGUGGCCACAACAAAAGUAACGUCAUAAUGACUUGCAAAACGUCUUUGCCCAUGAAAAGUAUUGCUCAGCAGUUGUCGUCGUCCAGUCAUCAACAUCACAGUGGAAAUAUCAUUGAUUCUAAUAACAUUAAAAAAGAAAACGUAAUCACAUCCGUCGCAAAAGUUAUUACGCCGUUUGCCACGACCAUCAGUAAUUCAUCGGCAGGAACCUCUACUCCAAAUGUUGUCUACACCAUCCCCAUACAAACGGCCAGCGACUUGAAAACUGGUCGAAGCGUAAUAAGUUCCAUGCAAGGGUUGGCUCACGUGCAGAGACAGUUAAAAGUGUCGCCAUCAAUAAUCCAAUCAGUGUUGCGGAAACAUCCAAAUCUACAGCAGAGUUUUAUCCGUCAUGGAAAACAAAAUAUUGAAGUGCAGGCUACGUCGACCGGCGAAAGACUGGUUCCAAUGAGCGUUUCAAAUCUGUUGAAAACUGCCAUUGAAACAUCAAAUGCUGAAAGUAAAGUGGCCGUAAAUUCCAGCAAAAGCAACGUUACCGAAGAAACGAUGGAACAAGUUCGGGAAUUUGAAUCUGUGUUGGAAGAAGUGCGCAAGAAGUCACUGAUGAACGAGAUGUGCACCAGUGGCAACAUGUUAACACAGAUAAACCACGAUCUACUGCAUUCCCCCUCGGAAAAUGUGGAUUUGAUAACAACCGAAAACAGUCAGACCCCAAUGUUCUCGUUAAACAAAAACACGUUUUCGUUUCUCAAUCAAACUAUAGCCAACCAAACCAUGAUAAAAGAAGAAGACUCAGCUGACACCAACAAUUGCGGCGGUGACAGACUUCAAAAAACAACGCCAAUAAUUGUGCGUAGCGUUACUCCAACAUCUUCAACGUCUUCGGCAGCUGUAUCUCCGUCAUCAAGCAGUAGCACCAACAACACCACCCCAAAACCAGUUGACAGGCUCACGCAGUGUUCUAACCCAAUAGCAACCAUACCAAAGCCACUUCCACCGGUGGCAGUGAUUAAAACACCCAAUGAUUCUCCAACAACUUCGACCGUAAAGAUUCCAGUACUACAAAAACCAAUGCCAAAGCUGCAAGAAGACGAACAAACGACACAGCGGAUUUACGCCAUACUUGACAAGUAUGCGGAACAGUUGCGUAAUUCGCCAGAGCUAAAAAACAAACCUGCGCCUAGACGCAGAACAAAUCCACCUACCAAUCCUAGUCCAAAUGUCAAACGUAAAAAACCCAGUCAGCUAAACUUGAAAACCUCAUCUCAACAAACGUCAUGUUCGUCAUCCGGUAUGGAAAUGAGUCCUACUUCUGACAUGCAAGCGAUCGACAGCGAAGACAGCUCAAACGCCGUUAGUCAGUUUUCACACAUUAUGGGUUCGCCUUCGAGGCAUUCGGAUGAACAGAAUAUGCCGACUGUUAUCACUGAAACGCCGACUACAGAAAAUAAUCCAGUAGUGAACUUAAUUGGUGAUGCAUCUGAGAAACAAGAAAUCAAAGUUGAAAGUGAUGUAAAACCGACAGUUGUGGCUCAAGCUAAUCAAAUUGUAGUCAAUGCUGGAUCCUCAGGACCAUUUUUAUCCUUACCAGAAGGUAGUACGGGGAACGUAAGAUUACUUGUUGCGUCUAGUAAAACAUCAAAAAUGUACCAGUUGCAUUGCCCUGUCGGUGCCCAUGGCGGCCCUGUUAUCUUCCAACAAAUCACAGCGAAAGACCCAAAAUCUACCGACCUAAAAAUUACAGCUGCCAAUAUAUUGGGACAAAAUCUAAGCGAAUCCAGUUUGCUAUCAGCCUUGACUAACAAUACCAUACAAAGUAGUACUACUACACCGCUAGGUAAUGAAAUUUUUCUAAAUACAUCUCAGAGUUCUUCUUCUAAGAAAAGUAGUAAAGCUGUAGACAUAAUUUCCACACCGCGAUUAGUGAGAAAUGAGCUUAUUGGUGAUAUUAAGAAACAAAUAAAGCUUCCUGUAACGAAAAAAAGCCAAGGGUCCCAAAGUACGUUUGAUGAUGACAUAGUAAAUGCUCAACAGGGAAAACUAAAAUCUGAACUGAUUGACAGAGUAGCGUUACCAGAAACUCAAAAUUUAGCCACUGAAAAAAUUGAUAUUGUUAAAAAUGAGGAGGUUGAUAUUAGCAAUGAACAACAACGUCCAGUUAAAAAUUCAGACGCUCUUACCACUGGCAAUAAUGACCAAGAAAUGUUUGAAAAAGAAGAUGUGCGUAUGUCAGCAUAUUUUUCGGUCAAAACUCCUAAUACAUGUGCCGCAAACAUUCAAUAUCACAUAGGAAGCUCUGUUGAAGUAAAACCGGAUGUAAGACAAAGUACUCCUGAAAAUCCUUCUACUAAUAUUUUAUUAGAAGAUUGUAAAACUGAAGACAAAUUGACAAUUCAAAAGAAUGACAAGCAGCCAAUCAAAAACGAAGACAAUUCAUUAAAGUUAGAACCUGAGAUUGAUAUCAUUGAUAAUUCUAAAGAAUUGAAGAUUUCCCAAAAAGAAGAAGAAAAUAAGCCAAACAUAGAUCAAAUCAACGCUGCGGCCGCUGCAGAAAUAAUUUCCACUGUUAAAAAAUCGAAUGAUGCCUAUAAGCAAAAUAAUAAAAUUUUACCGAAAGAUGACUGGAAAAAGGAUGAUGAAAAUGAAAAAUGUUUAAACAAUACGGUUUUUGAUAUGUUGCACUGUCAAUCCAUCAGCACAAACACAAAAAUUGGAUCGUUGGCUUUUCGUUUAAAAAAUGAUGCGUCAGCUGAAAACUGGCAUAAAUGUUUAUCAAAAGUAAUACCACCGGGGACAGAAAAAAUGUUAGAAGGUGAAAAUCUGAAACAACUACAAAGUGUAUUCCAGACAGCAAAAAUAAAAACCUAUAAAGAUCUAAAAGUUUUCAUGAUCGAACAAUGUAAAAAAAUUGACAAUAAUGUGGCAUCGGCUUUAAAAGAGUAUAAUCUGUACGAUGACAUUGAAGAUUUAGGUGUCGAUAAACCUAGUACGAGCGAAUUGUUUCCCGAUGUCGCUAUAUUGAAUGAUUUCGACAAAUCAGUGAGUCCAACCCAUAAUUUGUCACAAGGAAGUACAUCCAAACUGAACGACUCUAGUACUUUACAAGGUAAACGAAAGUCUGUUUUGUCGCAUACAACCAAUACAUUAGACAACGAACAACCGACGAGCAGUGGAAGUAAAAAGAACAGGCAAAGAGUGAGUUUUCUCAAACAAGCUCUAAUUAACGAAAUGAAUCAGGAUUCCAGUGAUUACGAGCACAAACUGUUAUUUGUGAAUGGUAACAAUAAAACCAGUUUAGUCGUAUCUAAUCAAAAUGAUUUGUGCCCUGAAUCGCCUUCCAACAUCAUGAUAGCGGAUUCUGAGACCUGUAUGUCGGAAGAUAGUACAUCGACAAUGAGCAGUGGCACUCCCCAUUACAACUUCCGUCGAAGUAAACGUAAAAAUGUCGAACAAGAUGGUUUUAUUGAAUCCCAAGUCAUUAAACGUAUGUACCGAGGUCGUGUAACAGAAGACGAAGACGAACCCACCGCCAAAAAUGAACCUCAGAAAAACGAUGAGCCGUCUAAAACACAGUCGUCCGGACAAAAGUCAACACCUCAGAAAAAACCAAAUAAUAACAACAGGCGAUUAUCGAGUCGACUUAGGAACAGCAAUACUACAAAGAAGAAGAAAUCGCCUAGUAAAUCUCCACAACGUGAAAAGAGCCCACCCCAAAAGCCGGUGACAACAACUCGGACUUCUCUUAGAAGAGUAUCAAGGAGAACAAUUUAAUUUGUUAACGCGCUACCUUACUUGUCUAUCAUUUCUUAAAUAUUUUACGUUAAGUUACCAUUGCCUCAGUUGGAGGCGUAUAUUUGUUAUCUAGCACAAAUGUUUUAAAAACAGUUAACUCUAAAACUGUUGUUUACUAACAAUUAUGAUAAUAUUAUGUACUAUAUAUGUAUAGACAAUUUAAAUCAAAAUUUGAUUGACACAAAGUAUUGCCAUUAUUUACGCUUAUAUAAAGGGUUGUGGUUUUUUGUGCAAACUUUGUGUACAUCGCAAAUGUGCACCAUGUACAAGACAUUGUGCAAUAUAAGUCAUUAUUUAUAAUUAUUUUCGAUAAAUAAAAUUUGAAUAGGAACCUUAAUAAUGUUAUAAACCAAAUGAGUAUACAUAAAUAUAACUGAACGUAAAUUUGGUAAAAUUAAAUUUUAUAUUAAAUCUUCCAUGUUUGUAACAGAUAAAAAAUCUAAUGUGUAAUUGGAAAAUAAUAGUAAUAAUCUUCUUGAUGUUCUUUUAAAGUAAACAUGUUUACCUUCAAUUUUUUUCUUUUUAAUAAAGUCUUAUAUAGUUAAAUAGGUCUGUUUUGUGUGUUUUUUUUUUUAAUUUUGAAAUGUAAAUUGUACAUUGUACCAUGAGUACAUCAAUGCAAUAGAUGAUAAUAUUACCAUUAGGCACAUAACGUGUUUUUUUUUUUAAAUUUCAAUAUGUUCAAUUUGAAUUAAUUGAUUUAAUAUACUGUUGACCUUGUAACACGAAUAACUGUUAAAGCAAAAUUCAAUUUCCAAUUUAAUGGAUAAUCAGUUGUUUAAAAGCUAUCAAGGCAUUUACAAACAUUGAAAAUAAUAACGUAAUCCAAGAAAACAGUCGUUUCUUAAACUAUUACUCUUAAAGUAUAUAUUCAGUGCUAAGUUUAAAAAAAAUGUUUUCCUCUUGUAUAUGUUUCAGAAAUAAGAAUUUUGAAAAUUUAGACAAAUUUACUCAACUAAAUAUUUUUAAUAAGUGAUUUGACUCUAAACCUAACUAAUAUUCAAAUCCGUAUAAAACAUUUUGUAUGUAUAUCUCACAUAUGCAACAGACAAAUACGAUACAUUUCCCUAGAAAACCGCUUAUAUGUUACUAUUUAAUAUAAAAUUUGAUUUUCAUUUUUCUUUUAGAUUAAAUGCUAGUUUAACUACAACAUGGUUAUAAAACUAAGAGUGGCGAAAUGUUGCAAUUCGCCAGUUUUUUUUCAACUCAUAAUUUUAGUUACAUUUGUUUGACUUCUUAGUAGAAACAAAGAUAGGAUAUAAAUAAGGUUUGUUUUUUUUUUUUUUUGUUAAGAAAUGUAUGUUGAAAAAUAAAAUAUAACUAGAAUAGUUGAUAAGUUAGAGAUAAAAAACUAGGCUUAAAUUUCAAGUCAUUAAUUAGUAGUGUAUUGUAAUACUAUAUAAAUGUAAAUAUUUUUAUUUUAAUGCAAAUUGUACAAUUAUUGUAUAAAUUACUUAUUACAAGUAC